AUGCGGUUGGAUCUAUUAGAAUCUUUUGUCCGUGCACGCUUAUGCCCAACAUAUUCACAUGAACAAGAAUGCUCCAUCGAUAAGAUAGGUGUAUUUCCCAAACCCAGUAUUCCUGCGACCUUGAAGUCUUCCAGCCUACCGAUUUUACUGUUAUGUGGGGUUUUUCUUCCACCUGGAUCUGAAGAAGUAGAGUGGGGAGCAAAAGUCAUAAACUGGUUGCCAAAAGGCCUCCAACCCCUGCUGCCAGAAAAUGUUGUAGCAGACUUCACCAAAUUUGCUCUUUCAGGCCACAGCAGAGGUGGGAAUACAGCAUUUGCAAUAGCACUUGGGCGUGCCAAAACUUCCCUGUCCCUCAAAAUUUCAGUCCUAAUAGGCAUUGAUCCUGUGGCCGGUGCAACUCGUAAUAUCCUCACCUAUUCCCCUCAAUCUUUCGACCUCUCGAUUCCAGUCACAGUGAUCGGCACUGGCCUGGGACCGGAAAGUAAAAAUCCUUGCAUGCCACCUUGUGCCCAAUAUGGCGCGAACCACAAGGAGUUCUUCUAUGAGUGCAAGCCUCCAUGUGCACAUUUUGUUGUGAAGGACUAUGGUCACAUGGACAUGUUGGACGACGAUCCACAGGGCAUGGUUGGGGCAGUGUCGGGGUGCAUGUGUAAAAACGGGACAGGACCGAGGGAGCUAAUGAGGAAGACUGUGGGUGGGAUUGUUGUGGCGUUUCUGAAUGCUUAUUUGAAUGGUGAUGAUAAGGAUUUGGUUGCCAUUGUUGGCGAUCCUGAUAGUUCUCCUGCAAAGCUUGAACCUGUGGAGUUCAUUAGAGCAUAAGUUCAAGCUCAAGGUCGUCUUGAUAAUAGUCACCGACAUUAGCUGCACAUAUUAGCACAUAAAGAGGGGGUUAUAAAGCCUAUCAGUGGCUAAUUUCGGUGAUUAUUUUCAGGCUUUCUUCGAGGGUUAUUCAGAUCCUAGAGUGUUAUUUUCGAAUAAACAGCUCGGCCAUCAAAUGUGUGUGCCCAAGUACUGAAAUUUGGGGGUUUAUAUGUACUAGAACCAUCUCAAGUUUAUUAUGAAUUUCGGUUUAGAUAUGUAUUUAAAUGUCAUAAGAUAAAAUGUUAGAUGAUGAUGCGGUAAAUUGACAUUUUGUAAAUAUCUUGCUCCAACCGAGAUGCCGAAUAAAAAUACUGUUUUAUUA